AUGGCCAGGGGCGCGGAGCGAGGCCGCGGGAGCGCCGGCUGGGGGCUGCGGGGCGCGCUGGCGGCGGUGGCGCUGCUGGCGGCGCUCAGUGCUGCGGGGACGGUGUUCGCGCUGUGCCAGUGGCGUGGGCUGAGCGCGGCGGUGCGGGCGCUGGAGGCUCAGCGCGGCCGCGAGCAGCGCGAGGACAACGCCCUGCGCUCCUUCUUGGCUGAGUUGAGUCGCGCGCUGCGCCGGGCGCCCGCGCCACCCCUGGACCCCGCCAGCGCCGCGCGCAACAAGCGCAGCCACGGCGGGGAGCCCGCGCCACACAUCCGCGCGGAGAGCCACGACAUGCUGAUGAUGAUGACCUACUCCAUGGUGCCGAUCCGGGUGAUGGUGGACCUCUGCAACAGCACCAAGGGCAUCUGCCUGACAGGCCCACCUGGCCCACCAGGACCUCCAGGAGUUGGUGGGCUUCCAGGACACAAUGGAUCAGAUGGACAGCUUGGUCCCCAGGGCCCAAAAGGAGAAAAGGGAGCACCUGGAAAAAGAGGAAAAAUGGGGCUGCCUGGAGCCACAGGAACCCCAGGGGAGAAGGGAGACCCUGGUGAGCUAGGCUUGACUGGAAAUGAGGGCCCAGCAGGGCCAAAGGGUGACAAAGGAGACAAAGGAGAGGUGUCCAAUGAUGUGCUCCCCACAGGUGCCAAAGGUGACCAAGGCCCGCCUGGCCCCCCUGGACCUCCGGGCCCUCCAGGUCCCCCAGGACCCCCCGGAAGCAGAAGAUCUAAAGGCCCCCGGCAGCAAAACAUGUUCAAUGGCCAGUGUUCAGGUGAGACAUGCGCUACACCGAAUGAUGGCACGUUGGUUGGAAAAGCUGAUGAGAAGGUCGGGGAUCACCCUUCUCCACUGGCAGAAUCCGUGAUUGCUUCUGUUGGAAGUCCAACACAAGUACUGAAAGUUAGAGAGACAUUUGGGACGUGGAUAAGAGAGUCUGUGAACAAGAGUGAUGAGCGGAUCUGGGUGACGGAACAUUUCUCAGGCAUCAGGGUAAAGGAAUUCAAAGACCAGCCCUCACUGCUGAAUGGCAGUUACACACUCGUGCACCUGCCGUAUUAUUUCCAUGGCUGUGGGCAUGCCGUUCACAACAACUCUCUUUACUACCACAAAGGAGGCUCCAACACCAUAGUGAGAUUUGAUUUUGGCAAAGAAACAUCCCAAACUCUGAAGCUUGAAAAUGCCCUGUAUUUUGAUCGAAAAUACCUCUUUGCCAAUUCCAAGACUUACUUCAAUUUAGCUGUGGAUGAGAAGGGCCUUUGGAUUAUCUACGCUUCAAGUGCGGAUGGCUCGAGCAUUCUCGUCGCCCAGCUGGAUGAGAGGACAUUCUCUGUGCAGAGGCACAUCAAUACCACGUACCCCAAAGCCAAGGCCGGCAACGCCUUCAUUGCCCGAGGGGUCCUGUAUGUCACAGACACAAAAGAUGCGAGGGUCACGUUUGCUUUCGAUUUGUUAGGACAGAAACAGGUCAGCGCCAACUGGGACUUGAGAACCUCCCAGUCCGCUCUUGCCAUGUUAUCAUACAACAUGAGAGACCAGCACUUAUAUUCGUGGGAAGACGGCCAUUUAAUGCUUUAUCCUGUGCGGUUUUUGUUAUCUACAUUAAACCAGUGAGGAGAUGCAUUGCUCCCCCU